AUGAAAAUCAUCUUCCUUGACUCUUUUCGUUUUUCCUUUUUUGUUUAUCUCUUAAAAACUCUUUCCUUUCUCUCUCUUUUCUCUCUCUUUCUUUCUCUCUCUCUCUCUCUCUUGAUCUCUCUCUCUUCAUCUCUUUCUCUCUCUCUUCAUCUCUUUUUCUCUUUUUUAUCUCUCUCUCUUUAUCACUGUCUUUCUCUCUCUCUUCAUCUCUUUAUCUCUCUCUGUCUUUCUCUCUUUAUCUCUCUUUAUUUCUUUCUCUCUUUAUCUCUAUCUCUCUAUUCCUCUCUUUCUCUCUCUCUUUAUCUCUUUCUUUCUCUUUCUCUCUCUCUUUCUUUCUCUCUCUUUAUCUCUUCAUCACUUUCUCUCUUUCUCACUCUCUUUAUCUUUCUCUCUCUUUAUCUCUUCAGCGCUUUCUCUCUUUCUCACUCUCUUUAUCUCUCACUCUAUUACUUUCUGUCUUCAUCUUUCUCUCUACCUUUCUCUCUUUCUUUAUCUCUCUGUCUCUCUUUAUCACUUUCUCUCUAUCUUUGUCUCUCUCUCUUUAUCUCUCUUUGCUUUUUGUUUUUCUCGAAUUUGUGUUUCUCGUUUAGUUUAUCACAACACUCUCUCCUGUUGUGA